UACUGUCUGAUAACCUGUUCAUCAUCUCGGCCUGUGUCAGUGUGACUUACUGAUUACAGAUCAGUGCUGGUGGAGGAAGAUCCACAUCCGGGGAUGUAGAGCUGCCUCCUCCUCCUCCUCCUCCUCCCUUCAUCCUCUCCUCCGCCUGCAUCCUCUCAUCCUGCAGACACACACACACACACACACAGACAGACAGACAGACAGACAGACGGACAGGUGCAUCUCCUCCCGCUGCAGUGAUGUCGGUGUCGCCCGCCCUCGCCGACCUCUCUCGCCUCUAUCAGACAGAGUUUGUGCGGAGUGCCCGGGCCGUCGGUGUCCUCUGGGCCGUCUGCACGCUCUGCUUCGCCAUCAUUCAGGUAGUCGUCCUGGUGCAGCCGUCCUGGAUCGGCACGGGAGACACUCGCCAUCUGGGGGCGGGACCGGCCCCGCCAAGCGGCACCCUGGGACUGUUUGAGGUGUGUGUGGAGUCAGACUGGCCGGUCCCGGACUGUCGUGGUGGUCUGUCCAGUCUGUCCCCUCUGCCAUCCUUCCAGUCGGUGGCGGUGUUGGUGGGCGUGUCUCUGUGGGCGGUGUGGACCAGCGUCCUCUGCCUCUGUCUCUUCAGGUUCUGCAGCGCCGCCACUGUCUACAAGAUCUGUGCGUGGCUGCAGCUCACUGCAGGUUUCUGUCUGGCGUUGGCCUGUCUUCUGUUUCCAGACUCGUGGGAGAGUCCAGAGAUGAGAGCUCUGUGUGGAGACUCUGUGGGCAGCUUCUCUCCAGGUAACUGUUCGGUGCACUGGGCCUACAUCCUGGCCAUCCUGGGCAUCCUGGAUGCCGCUAUCUUGGCCACGCUGGCCUUCGUCCUCGCCAACAGACAAGACGCCCUGCUGCCGCCAGACGCCAAGGAUGGUGAGGUGACCACAGGUCUGCUGAUGUCAGCGUAGAGUCGGCAGGGGCAGUUUGACUUCACUUCUCCUCCUGAUCUCUCCAUCCUUCAUCAUCAUCAUCAUCAGAGGAGGAGGAGGAGGAGGAGGCGACGAAUAGAAUCUCCUGUCAUCAUCACCUGGCAACCGUAUCGACCUUCAUGUUGUGACGGUGAGGAGAAAAGGAUGAAGAAAAGGAGAGACAGGGAACAGGAUGUAUUUCACAGUAACAUGAGUAUCUUUAGUUUGAAGCCGUGCGUCAGGAGGACAGAACGUGUGUCACAUCUUCAUCAGGUUUUAGAUUUAACAACCCUCUGUGUUGAUGUGUUACAGCCUCUAUGCAUCUCCAGCAGCAAUAACAUCACGUUCAGUUACCUGUGGUCCGUCUCUCAGUGGUGGAAUGUAACUAAGUACAUUUACUCAAGUAUUUAACUCAAGUACAAAUUCAAGGUACUUUACCUGAGUAUUUCCAUUUUUCAGAGGUAAUAUUUUACUCUUUACUGCUCGACGUUAGUUAAUAGUUACUUCCUGUCCAGUGAAAACCAUGUAUCUCCAGACGUGUUGACUGUUGUUCCUUUAUGUGUUGAUAAAUAAACUCAGCUGUAAAAGUCGUCGUCACAAAGCUGAAAACAGGCAGUUUUCCUGACUUUUCAAGAGAUGCGUGUUUCUCACAGGACAGCCAUGCUACAAACAUAUAACAAUUUUAUAGACCAUGAUGCAUUGCUGUAGGCCUAGAUUAAAAUACCCAAAAGGAUAUAAAGGAGUUCAAAUGAGCUCAACCUGAAACAUCUACAGCAGGGUUAUUAAUCAGAGGAAAACACUUUCACUGCAACAUACUGACCUUGAGUUGAAUCUGCUGAUGAUACUUUUAUGACUUUAACUACUUUAAGUAGCCGAUUACAUUUUGAUAAUAAUUAGCCUUCAUGUUUUUACUUCAGUACGGUCGCUACUGUCAUGGUUUAUAUAUUCAUGUUUUUCUAAUGUCAUUCGUGUUGGAGUUGUUUGAGUUAUGGAGGGAAGAGGAACUGACAUUGAGAGUUAGCUUCAGGUCCAGUUAGCUUUUAGUUCUUGACCCUUGGCUUGGCUGACUACAGGAUUAAAAACUAGACAGCUAACAAACCUCAAAUUUUUGUGCUAAGCUCGGCUAUCCAACGAGAUGAAAGUGAUCGAUCUAAACUCUCAGUUUAAGUUUCGUGUCGACCUUUGAAGCACAAACAAAAAGCAGCUGUUGAUGAGCUAAAGUGAGUCUGUUAUAACUGUUAUAAUGGAGCAUGUGUAACCCCCCCCCCAUCCCCCCACCUGGGUUUUUGAGAUACAUGUUUUUUACGGGACAGCAACAAUAACUUUAUUUAAUUAAACUGAUGUUUGAAACAAGUAAUGAAUCAAUAAUGUGAUGUCACUGUGGCUAAAUAUGAGAUAUAAUAUUUAAUAUUGAGAUUUUAUUUUGUAACCAGACAUAAUUUGAUCAAUACAAAUUGUCCCUAAUGGGCCUCCGUACAGUUUAGCCUCAAAGUAAAAAGUCAUUUUAUAACGUCGGAUGUUUGUAGAAUGUUUGUUGUUGUUUAUCGUGCUGCCUUCAGACUGAACUUAAUAAACAGUUUGUUUGUUCAUGUUUUUAUUCUCAU